AAAUAACGGUGCAGCUGCUGAUCGAGCAGCAUCAGCCCUCGAUCACUGUAUAUCCUCAAGGUGAAAAUUCCGUAGCGAGAAGGAGAUGGAAUCGGCUCCUCCUCCGCUCCUGACACCAUACAAGAUGGGCGAGUUCAACCUGGCGCACAGGGUCGUGCUGGCGCCGCUGACGAGGUGCCGGGCGUACGGGAACGUGCCGCAGCCGGCGCAUAUGUCGCUCUACUACGCCCAGCGGGCGACGCCGGGCGGCCUCCUCAUCUCCGAGGCAUGCGCCGUGUCGGAGACCGCGCGCGGGAGCCCUGACGUGCCGGGGCUGUGGACUGACGAGCAGGUGGAGGCCUGGAAGCCCGUCGUCGACGCCGUGCACGCCAAGGGCGCCGUCUUCUUCGCGCAGAUUUGGCAUGCCGGCCGGGCCUCUUUGCUAGAGUGGCAACCGAAUGGGCAAGCACCGAUCUCGAGCACGGACAAGAGCGCCGACAUAUACCCGGUCCCUCGGAGGUUGGAAACAGGGGAGAUACCAGACAUCGUCAACGACUUCAGGAUCGCUGCUAGAAACGCGAUCAAAGCAGGCUUUGACGGUGUGGAGAUCCACGCGGCGCACGGCUACCUCUUCGAUCAAUUCAUGAAGGACAGCGUCAACGACCGGGACGAUGUCUACGGGGGCAGCCUGGAGAACCGGUGCCGCUUCACCUCGGAGGUGGUCGCUGCUGUGGCCGACGAGGUGGGUGCAUAUCACUUGGGCAUCCGCCUCUCCCCGUUCGCGGACUACAUGGACUGCAGCGACUCCGAUCCGAAGGUGCUCGCCCUCCGUGUCAUCGGCCACACGCUGAACCCGCUCGGCGUGCUCUACUGCCACAUGGUCGAGCCGCGGAUGCGCGUGAACCCGGACGACGGCAAGCUGACCUUCCCGCACAUGCUGAUGCCGUUCAGGAGAGCAUUCCAUGGAACGUUCAUUGUUAGCGGAGGGUAUGAUCGGGAGGAAGGCAACGCCGCCAUUGCCGAGGGAUACAGCGAUCUGUUUGCAUACGGGCGGCUGUUUCUCGCCAAUCCGGACCUCCCGGCACGGUUCGCGACGAACGCCGGGCUGAACAAGUAUGACAGGAGCACCUUCUACACCUCCGAUGCGGUUGUGGGAUACACUGAUUACCCCUUUCUCGAUCAAUUCUAGAUGAUACCUUGUACUAAUGACGACGGUUAAGCAAUAUUAAAAGUUUGUGUUGUCUCAAA